AGCAGCAGCAGCAGUCGGAGGACGAGCCUGGAGGGAGGGGUUUCGGAGCCGGUACGGAGUACACGUGUAGGGCGCGGCAUGGCUAAGCUGGUGACGGUGGCGGCGCCGCAGCAGCAGUGGGAGAGUACGGCAGCGGGCAGCGGGAGCCGCAGCAGCGGGGGCAGCAGCAGCAGCACCAGUGGGGGCAGCGGUGCCGGGGCUAGUGCUAGCACUCGGAUACGCGGUGUGAAGGUGAAGGACCGCGCGCGGCUGCGAGGAGCGGACGAGGAGGCGAGCAGCAGCGAGGCCUCCGACGCUGCCCGCCUGGCUGCCGUACAGCGGCUGGUGGGGCAGGUGCUGCAGGCGGAGCGGCUGGUGGCCAACACGGAGCUGCUGGUACGGCAGAUCACCAUGAAGCUCCACGCGCUGCGCAACGACGCGGUGGUUCGCUCCCAGGCGGAGGGCCAGCUGGCGUCCGUCAGCGCCGCGAUGGCCGCCGCCAAGACCAAGCUGGAGCGACUGCGCAGCCACGUGCCGCCGGACGCACGGUACGACUCGGCGGGGGAGGUGUGGUUCGUCAAGUCAGGGCCAGGAGCAGGAGCAGGAGCAGGGGCUGGGGCUGGGGUGAGGAGAGCGCAGAGGCCGGAUCCCGGGGCUGGGGGUGCUGCGGAUGCGAGCAUGCGGAGGAGCUCCGAAGCGGCGGCGGGGCCAGGCAGCAGCAGUCACAGUAGCAACGGUAGCGGUAGCAGCAGCGGUGCGGAUGGGGGCUUGGUGCUCAGCAGUAGAACCAGGAGAGGUGCGCAGGAUGGUGACAUGGGCGGGGCUGGCAGCAGCAGCGGUGGCAGCAGCAGCGGUGGCAGCAGCAGUGGGUCG